CAAAUUUGUCAUCUCUAAGACAACUGUCAGAACUAAUCACUGGAAUACAACGGCAGCAAGGCCAGUAAUUUUGCUCGUUAUUCUUUAACAAAUAAUUAGACAUGGCGAGCUAUAUUGCAAGGAAAGGUCCUUUGGUGUUCUCGAACCUGGGUAAAUGGGCCUACAAUCUAUCUGGAUUUAAUCAAUAUGGCUUGCAUCGCGAUGACUGUCUCUAUGAGAACGAAGAUGUCAAGGAAGCUGUGCGCCGCCUCCCAAGAAAGUUGUACGAUGAGCGCAAUUAUCGCAUAAUGCGUGCCCUGCACUUGUCUAUGACCAAAACUAUCCUUCCCAAAGAACAGUGGACAAAAUACGAGGAGGAUGUCAAAUACUUGGAACCCUAUCUAAACGAAGUCGUGAAAGAGCGCGAGGAACGUGAGGACUGGAAUAAGAACCAUUAACUGCUACCAUCCUAUACACAUUUAUGUUGAAAUUCAAAUACAUAGUCUAGAUUAAAAGAAAACUUGCUAUGUAAAGCUGUUUGACGUGUCGUAAAA